AUCUCAACUGUAGAUAUGCCUCGUCAGAAUAAAGUCUUUAAAAAGUGCAAAAAUGCUAGCAAUAAUGCCAAAAUUUCUAAAUUUCGUGAGCCAUUAAUUUCAAUUGAUAAUCUUACCGAAUAUACAUGGCGAAAUAAAAUUGUAGAAUUACCAAAUUUUGCUGAACAACAAAAUGACAGCUUAAGUCAUGUACAACUAUUAAUAGAAGAGCUUUCUAGUAUUGAAUUUGAGCAAUUAUUUGAACAUCUUCUAAAAAAAUGCACUGAAGAAAAACCCUGUCCUUCCAGAUUAACAUCUAUUGAUAUUGAUAUGACCUCCUCCCUAGAAAAUAGCUUAGAAUCACCUAUUCUUAUGCCAAUAGAUAAUAAUGUUUCAGAAUCAUUAAAUAUUAGUAACAGCUCUUUACUUGAUAUUCCCAACCUUCCUAAUAUAGAAUUAUUGAAUGCUAGCAUCAGAUCUUUACCUGAAAGUUCAAACACCUUUUCAGAAUUGUUUAAUAAUAGCAUGACAGAUCUUCCUAAUGCACAACUAAUGACUCAAACU